GAAGAAGAUGGGUGGUUGGGUUGUUAUUCUCCACGAAUCCACCGGCCGGAAAUAGGAAAGGGCAUUUUGGACUAAUUCACUCCAUAGUCAACCAUCAAUAAAAAUGACUAAAAGUCAAAACGUAAACUUCUUUCCUUGACGAAGGGAGUAUUAAUCAUUAGUAAGGUAAUUUCAUACCUUACAAUUUUAGGUACCAUGUAUAAUAAAAAGGUAACAUAUGAAAGAAUGAUAAGGGCACUGGAAAUACCCGUGAAGGAGAGGGGUGAACCGGUCGAAGAUGAGCCGGCCCCCUAUGACCCUGACAACGAGUCAUAUGAGGCAUGGGUGGACCGGCUGGAUGCAGCCGGUUACUUUCCUCUCCCUUCCAGCUACCCGCUAGACAUCUAUCCCCGGGUCUCUAAGAUUGCUCAAAAUAAAGCCCGUAGGAAUCUUCCGGAUGGGUAUGUUCUUGAGUAUGACCCCAAUUGGCCCAACAUUAUUGAGCCCCACCGGGAUGAUAGGGUAGGUUUCCACAUCAUUUCUCUGGAAAGUGGCACUGUCUUCCCCCUCCGUCCCCUUCUGGUUGAGUUAUGCCACUGCUUUAAGAUUCUUCCCGGGCAAAUUACGCCCAACGCCCACCGUUUCCUCAAUGCAUUUGCAAAUAUCUGCACUCAUUUUAAAAUCGACCCAUCUCUUCGCCUUUUUCUCUACUUGUUUGAAGUUCUUCCCGGUAAGUCGGGUUGCGACGGCUAUGUCUAUUUCAAAGGCCGUAACGGUCGCCAAUUCAUUUCUGACCUUCCACAAAGCAACCGGCAGUGGAAGGAAAAAUUCGUUUUCAUAAAAUUUCCUACGGUUUCUCCUUUGGCCGGCAUACCAUGGAAUGACCACAUUCUGAAGCCGCAAUUUACCGAGCCGGCCACCGCCCUAGACUUGGAAGAGAGUUUAGAGAAGCUUCUCCGAGGGGACCCGUUCAUCGGGCAAAUGUUUCAUUACGGGGCUUGGAUCUGGCGGAUCCAACCGGGUGGCCAGGGUACCCCUAUGGCUCAUGAAGCAGCGGGGCACGGGGUACCCGCCCCGGGCAACACUGCAGAGGCCAGGGGCCCCAGCCACCCAGACAUGAAUUUCAGGGCGUUCAACAUGCUGAAGACAACCGGUGGUUCUUCUUCCUCUGCCCCCAAAACUGUCCCGGUCCAGAAGGAGACAAUUGAAGUUCAUUCCGAGGAGGAAGCCCCUUUGACCGGGGGAUCUGCCCAGACUGGCAAGGCACCGACGAAUCCCUCCCCCAACAAGGGAAAAGGGAAAAAGAGAGUGAAGCAUGCGGCCACCACCCAUCCAUCGAUGGGCGAAGUUAGGCCCGACACCCUGGAGCAACUCACCGAAGAUUCCUCCUCCUGGCUGGCUCAGCUGGAAGAGAAGUUGAAGCGAUCUGAGGCCCAUAACCGGGGCCAAGGCAGAGGCUCUCCAGUUGAAGGAGGAGAACCUGAAGCUGAUGGAGGAAUUGGAGUCAAAGGAGCGAGAGUUCCCCGGCCGUGCUCGCCGAUGGAUGGGGGAUAACCUAGAGGAGGUCGCCCGAGUAAUCACCUCUGACCAGGAGAAGACGGUGGAGGCUUUCAAGCUGAUCUACUGAGAGGAGCAGGGAAAGGAGAUGAUCACGCAGAUAGGCUCCUACGGCUUCAUGUAUGGG